UCUACUGAAUAAGAAAUAACACAACUUCAAAUAAAAGUUAGAAGCCAAUUUCAUGAAAAAUCUUGAUAAUCAAAUGCUACAUUUUGGGUGGAGAUUUUCCACCCAUUUCUAUGAAAAUGUGCCAAUCAAACACUACCUUAGCUUAAUCUGGUUAAUGAUAAGAGAGCAAUGGAAGGUGGUGGUGCAGCGUCGAUUUCAGUUGAGAAAGCAUCGGAAUCAACUACGGCAGCCUCAUACACCUAUUGGAUCCGGGAUGUGACCCAUGAAGCCGCCCCUUUACCUUUGCCGAAGAAGCUCAACCCGGAAGACCUCUCGAAACAAUCAAACAAAACCCACCUGGGUUCCGCCUUGAAUGGGGCUGGAACAUGGGAGGAGAAGAGUUUGAAUAAAUGGGCAACUGAUAGGAUUAAGGAGUUGCUUGUGUCUAUGAGGUCCCUGGAUUUCUCCGGUGGCCAAGCCGAAGUAUCAGAAGUGACUAAAUGCUCUGGGAUCAAUAAUUUUUGAAAGACUUUCAAGCAUUCUUGGUCACUGUACGAAACAAAAAACGAAUUGGCUACAACUAUGAGCUGACACUAAAAGUGAAAGGUAAACUUUUUUCUUUUUCGUCAUUGUGGAAUAAUCUUUAUUUACUCUGUUUCUUUGUUCCAUGUUUUUGUUUUGCACCUAAACUACCAAAUGAUAAAUUAAUGGACAUCAUGAGAAUGGCUUGUUGGAGGGGAGAAGAAGGUCGAAGGCCACAUAGAUGUAUUCAAGUUCUCCUUGGGUGAACCGGAUGAUUUGCAGAUUGAAGUAAAACUAGGUGAAGAUAAAGAUCUUUCACAACAAGAGAAGCAGCAGAUCUGUCAGGAUAUGAAAUUGUUUUUGCAGCCUUUUCGAGAGAAAUCAUGAAUAAAACGAACUUUAUAUCAACAUUCCGGCUUCUGAAUUUAAUAAUCGAUUUUUGUAUUCAUUUUUCUGCAUCUGUGGAAGAGUUUAUCAGAUAAAGGACAUAAUUGGAGAGGGAAAUGGAGAGGGAAACACCACUCCUAGAAAAGGCAGCCAUAACAUUAUCAGCAGCAGUGAAAAAAUCCUAGCCUGUUGAAUCCCAUUCUGUAAAUGCAAAUCUACGACGUUCGCUGGGAUCAAUCUUUGCUCAUGUAUGUGACAAUCAAUGCCAUGAGAAUUGGAGAAGCUGCCUUCAUGUUUGAUUUUUGGACAGAAUACGAAGGUUUUUGUUUUGUGGGUAAAUAAGAACGAUCAGACAUAGACAUUGGUCAAAUGUAAAUGAUGUAUUUAUGAAGAAGAAAGGAGAGAUGAUCGUUGCUAUUCUCUUGGUAAAUCUUGUCCUUAUUUUUGGAA